AUGGGACCUAUAAAACUCUCAACGUUCGUACCUGCAGCUAACAAGUCAGAAGUGUCCCCGGAAUCCGAGUUAGCUGUUCUAGUUCAGGACAGGACAGUAUGGGACCUCUUGCUUAGGGCUUUGGAAGCGAGCAACCGCAGAAGUAGAUCGGAAGUUUCCUGUUUGACAAAGGCUAUUGCGCCUAAGUCAAUCCCUCGUAUCGGCCGGCUGUCUUAUGACGGGAGACGCAACAAGUAG